AUGGGCCACGGGCUCUCGCGGGGGUUCCGCGCCGCGGCGGUGUCGCUGCUGGCGGUGGCCGUGGUGGCCUGGGCACGGCGGAGGCGGCCGGUGUCAGGCGAGGCUUCGCCGGCUGAAGCAACUGAGGCUGCGCCGGCAAGGGACGCGAUCCCUUCCAGACCCUCGCGGCCUCCUCCGCGGCCGAAGCGGUUGGCUGAGGUCUUCAUUUGCUUGGACUUCGAGUGGACUUGUGACGACGGGGAGCGCCGCCGAGUGCACAGCGACAACGUGGAGAUUUUGGAGUUCUCCUAUGUCAUCUACGAUGUCGCGGCUGAGCGCGUGGUCCGCGAGGGUCAGCACUACUGCAAGAACCAAAGGACUCCAAUCACCAAGUUCUGCAGCGAGCUGACUGGCAUCACUGACGACACCGUCGCAUCAGCAGGCUCGCUGAAGGACGCCCUGCAGGCUCUGCAGGAGGACCUGAAUGUGGAGGAGCUGCGGGGCAGGCGCGGCCGCUCCUUUUUUUGUUCCGCUUGA